UUUGGAGUCACUGGAUUAUAUGGUUAGAAAUGGACCAUAUAGGAAGUACAAACCUUGCUUACCACUUCAUACCAAUGUCGACAGUGGUGGAAAUAUGCAAUUGAUUCUGUUCUUGAAGUUCAUAUAAGAAGAUAUACUCAGAUGUGGUCAUGGAGUAACAUAAAAAAACACAGGCAGUUACUCAAGAGUUACAAAAUUGCCUACAAAAGCAAGUUAACACAAACGAAAGUCUCAGAAGAACUACAGAAACAAAUUCAGGACUUGGAGAAGAGUCUCGAUGUGUUUAACAUAAUUUUAGUGAGACAACAAGCACAAGUUGAGGUCAUUCAUUCUGGGCAGAAGUUAAGGAAAAAGUCUACUGAGGCAGGCGAGAAACGUGGCUGGUUUAGUGGGUUUUGGGGAAAGAAAGAAUCUAAGAAGAAAGAUGAGGACUCAUUGAUCCCUGAAACCAUCGAUGAUCUCAUGACUCCAGAGGAGAAAGACAAGCUCUUCACUGCCAUUGGCUACAGUGAGAGUACCUACAACUUGGCUUUGCCCAAGCAGUAUGUGGCCCAUAUACUGACUCUGAAGUUGGUGAGCACCUCUAUUAUAAUAAGAGAAAACAAGAAUGUUCCAGAAAUCUUGAGGAUUCAGAUAAUUGGCUUGGGUACCCAAGUAUCCCAGCGACCAGGAGCACAAGCACUUAAGAUAGAAGCAAAAUUAGAACACUGGUACGUCACAGGCUUGCGACAGCAAGACAUUGUGCCAUCACUGGUGGCUUCCAUUGGCGACACUUCAUCGUCCUUGCUCAAAAUUGAGUUUGAAACCAACCCUGAGAACAGUCCUGCUGACCAGACUCUGAUCGUUCAGUCCCAGCCUGUGGAGGUCAUCUAUGACGCUAAAACUAUCAAUGCUGUAGUUGAAUUCUUUCAGUCAAAUAAGGGGUUGGAUCUUGAGCAAAUUACAUCAGCCACAUUGAUGAAGCUGGAAGAAAUUAAGGAGAGAACAGCUACAGGACUUACACAUAUUAUUGAGACUCGGAAAACCCUCGACUUAAGGAUCAAUCUAAAGCCUUCUUAUUUAAUAAUUCCACAGACAGGUUUUCACCAUGAAAAGUCAAAUCUUCUCAUUUUAGAUUUUGGUACUUUUCAGCUCAACAGUAAAGACCAAGGUACACAGAAGACAACAAAUUCAUCUCUGGAAGAAAUAAUAGACAAGGCAUAUGACAAGUUUGAUGUGGAAAUAAAGAGUGUACAGUUGCUCUUUGCAAAAGCAGAGGAAAACUGGAAAAAGUGUAGAUUCCAACAUCCAUCAACUAUGCACAUAUUGCAACCCAUGGAUAUUCAUGUUGAGUUGGCCAAGGCAAUGGUGGAGAAGGAUGUUAGAAUGGCCAGAUUUAAAGUGUCAGGAGGACUGCCUUUGAUGCAUGUGAGGAUUUCUGACCAGAAGAUAAAAGAUACGCUAUGUUUGAUUAAUAGUAUACCCUUGCCCCAGAAGUCAUCCACACAGUCUCCAGAGAGACAGGUAGCCUCGAUUCCUGUUCUUUCAGGUGGGACGAAAGGUCUUCUUGGCACUUCCCUGUUGCUAGAUGGAAUGGAAUCAGAUUCUGAUGACGAGUAUUUUGAUGCUGAGGAUGGAGACUCGCAGACUGUCAGAACCGUGAAAGCCUCGGAACUGAAAAAAGCCCCUGAGGUUCCAAACGAGGAGCUGGUUAAUCUUCUGCUCAAGUUUGAGAUUAAAGAGGUGAUUUUGGAACUCACUAAGCAACAGAAAGAAGAAGAGACAGUUCUAGUAUUUAAUGUCACUCAGUUAGGGACCGAAGCAACAAUGAGGACAUUUGACCUGACUGCAGUGUCUUAUUUGAGGAAAAUCAGCUUGGAUUACCAUGAAAUUAAAGGAUCCAAAAAGAAGCCCCUUCACUUGAUUAGCUCUUCAGACAAACCUGGAUUAGAUCUUUUAAAAGUGGAGUACAUUAAGGUUGAUAAGAAUGGACCUAGUUUUCAAACUACUUUUGAAAAAACUGAACAAACCAUUAAGGUGGCCUUUUCAUCUUUGAAUCUGAUGCUGCAAACACAAGCUCUUCUGUCUUCCCUGAACUACUUGACAAGCAUCAUCCCAUCAGAUACUGAGAACACAGGUGCUGUCAAGGAGGCACAGGCUGCAACUGAGAAACAGAAGAACUCUCCCCUGCAGAAAGCAAUGGUGUCCUCUAGAGAUAGUGACAUUAUUGGCUUUAGGCUGUUUGCCAAGUUGAAUGCGUUCUGUGUCACAGUCUGUGAUGAGAAGAGCAAUAUUGCUGAAAUCAAGAUACAAGGCCUUGAUUCUUCCUUUUCUCUUCAGUCAAAAAAGCAGUCACUUUUUGCCAGGCUGGAAAACAUUAUUGUCACAGAUGUUGACCCCAAAACAGUUCAUAAGAAAGCUGUAUCUAUAGUCGGAAAUGAAGUUUUUCGUUUUAACCUGGAUUUGUAUCCAGAUGCUACUGAAGGGGAUUCCUACACUGACAUGUCCACCGUGGAUGGUGUGGUGGCAUUGCACGUCGGCUGUAUUCAGAUCGUCUACCUUCAUAAGUUCCUUAUGUCAUUGCUGAACUUCCUGAACAAUUUCCAGGUGGCCAAAGAGGCGCUGAGUGCCGCCACUGCCCAGGCUGCGGAAAAGGCUGCCACGAGCGUGAAAGAUCUCGCCCAGAGGAGUUUUCGUGUUUCCAUCAAUAUUGAUUUGAAAGCUCCAGUCAUUGUCAUUCCCCAGUCCUCCAUCUCCACCAAUGCUGUCGUGGUAGACCUUGGGUUAAUUAGAGUUCACAAUCAGUUCAGUCUGGUGUCUGGUGAGGACGCCGUAAAUCCUCCAGUAAUCGACAAGAUGGAAGUGCAGCUUACGAAGCUGAAACUCUCUAGGACAACAAUUCAGCCAGGCGUCUCCCAUCCUGAUAUUCAGCUGUUGCACCCAAUUAACUUGGAGUUUUCUGUAAAUCGGAAUCUGGCUGCAAAUUGGUACCAUAAGAUGCCUGUUGUAGAAAUUAAAGGGUGUCUUGAUUCAAUGAAUGUUAGUCUCAAUCAAGAGGAUCUUAAUCUUCUGUUUAGAAUACUGGCAGAAAAUCUUGGUGAGGCCACUGGAGACUUGGAUAAAGGGAAACCUAGAGUACAAGAGAUAGGUGGAACGAAAGCAUGCCGAGAGGUCUCCAUGCCACAGGGCGUACACACCACGCAGGAUGCGUCACCAGCCAGAGUGGAAGAGACCAGAUCCAUAGACAUCAUUAAUGUCCUGUUAAACUUUGAAAUUAAGGAGGUUGUGGUGACGUUGAUGAAGAAAGCGGAAAAGAAAGGCGCGCCCUUACAUGAACUGAAGAUCCUGCAUCUUGGGUUGGAAGCGAAAGUAAAAGCCCACGACAUGACUGCUGAAGCUUACCUGAGAGAAAUUAGCAUGCGGUGCUUUGAUUUUCCUGAUUCUAAAGGCGAGCCUCUGUACAUUGUCAACUCCUCUAAUGUGUCUGAUGGAACCCUCCUGAAAAUGCUGUUCACUAAGGCAGACAGUGAUGGACCAGAGUUUAAAACUGUUCAUGAUAACACCAAACAGAAGCUGAAGGUUUCGUUUUCGUCUUUGAACUUGGUGCUUCAUUUGGAAGCUUUACUUUCCCUUAUGGAUUUUUUGUCAUCUGCUGUCCCGUCCUCCGACCCUUCCUCCUCUCAGAAGGAAUCUGAGCUGAAGCCGCUUGUGGGGGAAUCCAAAAGUCUUGCCAUCAAAGCCGUGCCCAGCACUUCUGAAGGUGAUGUGUUUGAUUUGAAGAUCACAGCUGAAUUAAAUGCCUUUAACAUCUUCGUUUGUGAUCAGAAGAGUAACAUAGCAGAUAUUAAAAUACAUGGAAUGGAUGCCUCUAUUUCUGUGAAGCCAAAGGAGACUGAUGUGUUUGCCAGACUGGAGAACAUCAUAGUUAUGAAUGUUGAUUCACUGUCCAUUCACAAAAAGGCUGUCUCUAUUUUGGGAGAUGAAGUCUUCAGGUUCCAGAUGACUCUGUACCCAGAUGCCACAGAAGGCGAGGCCUAUGGCGACAUGUCUAAAGUGGACGGCAAACUUAGUCUCAAAGUGGGCUGUAUUCAGAUUGUCUAUGUUCAUAAAUUCUUCAUGUCUCUUUUGAGCUUCCUCAACAAUUUCCAAACUGCCAAAGAAGCCUUGAGCACAGCCACGGUCCAGGCUGCUGAAAGAGCUGCGUCCAGCGUGAAGGACCUGGCCCAGAAGAGCUUCCGGCUUCUGAUGGACAUCGAUUUGAAAGCGCCCGUCAUUACUAUCCCCCAGUCUUCUGCGUCACCUAAUGCCGUCAUAGCAGACCUUGGCUUAAUCAGGGUGGAGAACAAAUUUAGCCUGGUUCCUGUGGAGCACUUCUCUCUUCCCCCGGUGGCCGAUAAGAUGAGCAUCCAGCUUACUCAGCUGAAACUCUCCAGAACUGUUUUACAGUCUGACUCGCUUCAGCAUGACAUUGAAAUCUUAAAACCAGUGAACAUGCUUUUGUCUGUUCAGCGGAAUUUGUCAGCAGCAUGGUACACAGAGAUUCCAGGCAUGGAGAUAAAAGGAAAACUUCAGCCUAUGCAGGUUGCUCUCAGUCAAGAUGACUUGACAGUUUUAAUGAAAAUUUUGCUGGAAAACCUUGGGGAAGCUUCUUCACAGCCAAGCCCUACCCAGUCUGCACAAGAGGCUGUAAGAGUAAAGAGAGAUACUCGGAGUGGGCCUGACUACCUUAAAGAACAAGAGUUGACAGACUCAAAGCCCCCCAUGGAUCAGACUGUCACCCUUCAGUUUGCCUUCCACUUCGACUCCCUGUCCAUCAUCCUAUAUAACAAUGACAGCCACCAGGAGUCCAGACUUUCAUUUCAUAACGACAGUUUCCGUCUUGGUGAGCUCAGACUGCACCUGAUGGCCUCUGCAGGGAAGAUGUUCAAGGAUGGGUCCAUGAAUGUCAGCCUUAAACUGAAGACGUGCACUCUUGAUGAUCUCCGAGAAGGCAUUGAGAGAGCAACAUCCAGGAUGAUCGACAGAAAGGAUGACCAAGAUAACAACAGUUCUAUGAUUGAUGUAAGUUAUAGACAAGAUAAAAAUGGAAGCGAGAUCGAUGCUGUUCUUGAUAAACUAUACGUGUGUGCCAGUGUGGAGUUUCUGAUGACCGUGGCCGAUUUCUUCAUCAAAGCUAUGCCUCAGAGUCCAGAAAACAUAGCAAAAGAAAUACAGAUUCCGUCAAGACAGACUGCCGUGGGGAGAGUCAAGAUGGAGAAAGAUGAGUCUGUGAGGCCAAAUAUGACCUUGAAGGCCAUGCUCACAGACCCGGAAGUGGUGUUCGUGGCCAACCUGACCAAGGCCGAUGCUCCCGCUCUGACAGCCUCAUUCCAGUGUAACGUCUCCCUGUCAACCUCCAAACUUGAGCAGAUGAUGGAAGCUUCUGUGAGAGAUCUGAAAGUGCUCGCCUGCCCCUUCUUGAGAGAAAGGAGAGGGAAGAGUGUCACCACGGUGUUACAACCCUGCUCUUUAUUUAUGGAAAAGUGUACAUGGGCUUCAGGAAAACAAAACAUAAAUAUCAUGGUUAAAGAGUUUGUAAUUAAGAUCUCGCCUAUAAUCCUUAAUACUGUGAUGACAAUCCUGGCCGCCAUGUCUCCAAAGGCCAAAGAAGACGAGUCGAGGGACACUGCUGAGGAGAUGGGCAAUCUCUGGGCCAUCAAGUCCAUCACUGACUAUAACUCUUGGUUUCUUGGUGUGGACACGGCGACAGAAGUGACAGAAAAUUUCAGAGACUUUGACCAUCCCCCAGUAGAGGAGAAUUGUGUGAUCGCCGUGGAGUCCGUUCAAGUCACCUUAGAAUGUGGCCUCGGGCACCGCACCGUGCCCCUGUUACUGGCAGAGUCUAAGUUUUCUGGAAAUGUUAAAAACUGGACUUCGCUGAUGGCGGCUGCUGCUGACAUGACCCUAGAGGUUCACUAUUAUAACGAAAUCCAUGCAGUCUGGGAACCACUGAUUGAAAGAGUGGAGGGGAAAACACCGUGGAGCUUGAAACUUAAUGUGAAGAAGAACCCGAUCCAGGAUAAAAGUUUGAUGCCGGGGGAUGAUUUUAUUCCUGAACCACAAAUGGCAGUUCAUAUUUCUUCAGGAGCUACGAUGAAUAUCACAAUAUCCAAAAGUUGUCUUAAUGUUUUCAACAAUUUAGCAAAAGGUUUCUCAGAGGGAGCUGCUUCCACUUUCGACUACUCUCUAAAAGACAGGGCUCCUUUUACAGUCAGAAAUGCCCUAGGUGUUCCCAUUAAGGUGCAGCCCAAUCGUAACCUCAGGGUGAUGGGUUCCCUGGAGAAGAGUGACCUUUAUGAUGUGGGUGCUGGUCAGCAGUUGGAGCUAGAAUAUGCCAGCCUGGAGCCUUCACGUCAAGGGAAGCUGUCGGUCCUGAGUCGGCAGGAGAGUUCCUUCUUCACGUUGACCUUCGUACCACACGGCUAUACAGAAGUGGGCAGUGUGCCUGUGGCCAGGCCUGGCAGGCGAUUGUAUAAUGUACGGAAUCCCAGUGCCAGCCGUUCUGAUUCUGUACUGGUGCAGAUUGACGCAACAGAAGGGAAUAAGGUCAUCACUCUCCGCUCGCCUCUGCAGAUUAAAAACCACUUCUCCAUAGCAUUUAUCAUCUACAAAUUUGUCAAGAAUGUUAAGCUAUUUGAGCGCAUUGGAAUAGCCAGACCUGAGGAGGAGUUCCAUGUCCCUUUGGAUUCCUACAGAUGUCAGCUGUACGUUCAGCCGGCUGGAAGCUUAGAGCAGCAGUACACUCAGUCCACCACGUACAUUUCCUGGAAGGAAGAGCUUCACCGUAGCAAGGAGGUCAGGUGCAUGCUCCAGUGCCCUGCAUUGGAAGUCAACUUCUUACCGCUCAUCGUGAACACGGUCGCCCUGCCUGACGAGCUGAGCUACAUCGGUGCCCACGGGGAAGACUGGGACCCAGCCUACGUGAUCCACCUUUACCCUCCUCUCACCUUGCGGAACCUUCUCCCGUAUUCGCUAAGAUACUUGCUUGAGGGAACUGCAGAAACCCACGAGCUGGCAGAAGGCAAUGCUGCCGAUGUUCUCCACUCGCGAAUCAGCGGCGAGAUCAUGGAGUUAGUCCUGGUCAAAUACCUGGGCAAGAACUGGAACGGACACUUGCGCAUUUGCGACACACUCCCCGAGUUCUUCCUCGUGUGCUUUUCCUCGGACACGGCCGAAGUGAUGACAGUCGACUUGUCAGUGCAUGUCAGGCGAAUUGGCUGCCGCAUGGAGCUGUCUGUCUUUAGUCCCUAUUGGCUGAUCAACAAAACUUCUCGGGUUCUCCAGUAUUGCUCUGAGGAGAUACAUGUUAAACAUCCAGCCGAUUUCAGGGACAUCGUUUUAUUCUCUUUCAAGAAGAAGAACAUUUUUAGCAAAAAUAAGGUACAGUUAAAAAUUUCGACCAGUGGCUGGUCCAGUGCUUUCUCAUUGGACACCGUGGGAAGUUACGGGUGUGUGAAGUGUCCUGCCACCAAUAUGGAGUACCUGGUUGGAGUUAGCAUCAAAAUGAGCAGUUUCAACCUCUCAAGGAUAGUCACUCUGACCCCUUUCUGCACCGUCGCCAACAAGUCCUCCUUGGAGCUGGAAGUGGGAGAGAUUGCCUCGGAUGGCUCCAUACCGACCAACAAGUGGCACUAUGUGGCUUCUUCAGAGUGCAUUCCAUUUUGGCCUGAAAAUUUGUCUGGCAAACUUUGUGUGAGAGUGGUGGGCUAUGAAGGGUCUUCCAAGCCAUUCUUUUACAACCGACAGGACAAUGGCACUUUAUUGAGUUUAGAAGAUUUGAAUGGAGGUGUCGUGGUGGAUAUAAACACUGCUGAACACUCAACUGUCAUAACCUUCUCUGAUUACCACGAGGGAUCUGCACCUGCCCUGAUCAUGAACCAUACACAGUGGGACGUCCUCACGUAUAAACAGAGUGGGUCACAGGAGGAAUUAGUAUUGCUGCCAAAAGAAACGAGACUCUUUGCCUGGGCAGAUCCCACUGGCACCAGGAAACUCACGUGGAGCUAUGCAUCGAACGUUGGCGAGCAUGAUCUCUUAAAGGAUGAGUGUGGACAGUUUCCAUAUGAUGCAAACAUCCAGAUCCACUGGGUGUCCUUCCUUGAUGGGCGCCAGAGGGUUCUUCUUUUCACGGACGAUGUUGCUUUGGUUUCCAAAGCACUCCAGGCAGAAGAAAUGGAACAGGCUGAUCACGAAGUCACCUUGUCUCUCCACAGCCUUGGGCUCUCUCUGGUUAACAAUGAAAACAAGCAGGAAGUCUCAUAUGUUGGAAUCACCAGUUCAGGUGUUGUUUGGGAGAUGAAGCCGAAACAGAAGUGGAAACCAUUUAGUCAGAAGCAGAUAAUGUCCCUGGAGCAGUCCUAUCAGAAGCAUCUCACAUCGCAAGACCGUGGCUGGAUUAAGCUAGACAGCAAUUUUGAGGUCAAUUUUGACAAAGUUCCGAUGGAAAUGCGACUUCCCGUCCGGUGCCCUAUUAAACGGGACUUCUUAGCAGGGAUUCAGGUUGAAUUUAAGCAGUCUCCUCACCAGAGAAGCUUAAGGGCCCAGUUAUACUGGCUCCAGGUUGACAAUCAGUUACCAGGCACCAUGUUCCCAGUGGUAUUCCAUCCCGUGGCUCCUCCCAAAUCCAUUGCUUUAGAUUCAGAGCCCAAACCUUUCAUCGAUGUGAGCGUCAUCACAAGAUUCAAUGAGUACAGCCAAGUCUUACAGUUCAAGUAUUUUAUGGUUCUCAUCCAGGAAAUGGCCUUAAAAGUUGAUCAGGGUUUCCUUGGAGCUGUUAUUGCCCUGUUUACCCCAACAACUGCCCCCGAAGCUGAAAGAAAACGGACAAAGUUAAUCCAGCAAGAUAUCGAUGCUCUCAACACAGAGUUAAUGGAGUCUUCCAUGACUGAUAUGUCGAUCCUGAGUUUCUUCGAACAUUUCCAUAUAUCUCCUGUUAAGUUGCAUUUGAGUCUGUCUUUGGGUUCCGGAGGUGAAGAAUCAGACAAAGAGAAACAGGAAAUGAUUGCAAUUCAUUCUGUGAACCUGCUGUUGAAAAGCAUAGGUGCCACCCUGACUGACGUGGAUGACCUCAUAUUCAAACUUGCUUACUAUGAGAUCCGCUAUCAGUUUUACAAGAGAGAUCAGCUCAUGUGGAGUGUCGUUAGACACUACAGUGAACAGUUCCUGAAGCAGAUGUAUGUGCUUGUGUUGGGCUUGGAUGUGCUUGGAAACCCGUUUGGACUCAUUAGGGGCCUGACCGAAGGAGUUGAAGCACUGUUCUAUGAGCCCUUCCAGGGUGCUGUUCAAGGCCCUGAAGAAUUUGCUGAAGGAUUAGUGAUUGGGGUGAGAAGUCUCUUCGGACACACAGUAGGUGGUGCUGCGGGAGUCGUAUCUCGAAUCACAGGUUCUGUUGGCAAAGGCCUGGCAGCAAUUACAAUGGACAAAGAGUAUCAGCAGAAGAGAAGAGAGGAGAUGGGUCGACAGCCUAAAGAUUUUGGAGACAGUCUGGCCAGAGGAGGGAAGGGCUUACUGCGUGGAGUUUUCGGUGGGGUGACUGGAAUAAUAACAAAGCCUGUGGAAGGUGCCAAGAAGGAGGGCGCUGCUGGCUUCUUUAAAGGAAUUGGAAAAGGACUCGUGGGUGCCGUAGCUCGUCCAACUGGCGGAAUCAUAGAUAUGGCUAGCAGCACCUUCCAAGGCAUUCAGAGGUAACAGUCUCCACACGGUGGGGGUGUGUGUGUGUGUGUGCUGUGUGUGCCUAUUGCUUCUGGGUAUAUAUGACUGGGCUGGGUGUUUAGUCUGUUCUUAAGGCUCUUGAA